GAUUUUGUGGGAUAUAUUGAAUUGAUCGUCUGUGAUUUUGUCGCUAUUUUACAUCAAAUUUUGUUAUACGAAAAUAAUAAAUAAAUAUGGGGGUCCCAAAAUUUUUUAGAUAUAUUAGCGAACGGUAUCCUUGUUUAAGCGAAAUCGUUCGGGAAUAUCAGAUACCUGAAUUCGAUAACAUGUAUUUAGAUAUGAAUGGCAUUAUUCAUAUGUGUUCUCAUCCUGACGAUAACAAUCCACAUUUUCGUAUAACAGAAGAGAAAAUCUUUGAAGAUAUUUUCCACUACAUUGAGGUUUUGUUCCGUAUGAUCCGUCCUAGGAAACUGUUCUUUAUGGCUAUAGACGGUGUUGCACCACGAGCUAAGAUGAAUCAGCAACGUAGCCGAAGGUUUCGAGUAGCAAAAGAUGCCAUCAAACAGGAACAAGAGGCCAAAGAAAGGGGUGAAGAUUUGCCAACACAAACAAGAUUCGAUUCCAACUGCAUUACUCCUGGAACUGUUUUUAUGGCUAAACUCCAUGAGCAACUGAAAUAUUUUGUUGUGAGAAAGAUUUCUAAUGAUCCAUUGUGGAGAAAUUGCAAAGUCGUACUGUCUGGACAUGAGACCCCCGGUGAAGGAGAACAUAAAAUAAUGGACUAUAUACGGUACAUGAGAUCACUGCCAGGUUAUGAUCCUAACACCAGACAUUGCUUAUAUGGUUUAGAUGCUGAUUUAAUAAUGCUGGGCCUCUGUACACAUGAGCCACAUUUUUGCUUGCUAAGAGAGGAGGUUAAAUUUGGCAGAAAAUCAACAAAAAGACAAUCAGUGCCUGAGGAAAUAACAUUCUUUUUGUUACACCUAUCUCUGAUGCGGGAAUACUUGGAGAUGGAGUUUGCUCCCGUGAAAGACAAGCUGGUAGGGUUCGAGUAUGAUUUUGAGAAAAUCAUCGACGAUUGGGUUCUUAUGGGUUUUUUAGUUGGAAACGACUUUAUACCAAAUUUGCCAAACUUGCACAUUGCCAAUGGAGCCCUUCCAGUUUUGUACAAAGCCUACAUGGAUGUUUUGCCAACAUUGGAUGGAUAUAUUAAUGAAAGUGGCACAUUGAACUUGGAAAGAUUCGAAAAAUAUAUGCAGAAGCUCGGAAGCAUUGAAUUGGAGACUUUUGUAGAAUUAAGAGAUGAUCUUCUUUAUAUGGAAGCUAAAACAGGCCGUAAACUUUGUCUGGGAGGUGAAAUUGCCAUUAGAGACCAUGAAAGAUCCAAAGAUUCUGGCCUAUCAGCCCUGAUAAAGGAAACAGAAGAAUUGCAUAUUGAACCAUCGGAAGAUGAGGAGGACAUGGCAUUUCAGUACUACAAAAACGAUUAUUACAGGAAUAAGCUUGAAUAUAAAAAUGUAACACCAGAAGUUAUGAGAACCCAAGCGGAAGGUUAUGUCCGGGCGAUCCAGUGGAACUUAAAUUAUUAUUACAACGGUGUUUGUUCAUGGUCCUGGUAUUACCCCCACCAUUAUGCCCCAUACAUCACCGACAUCAAAGGGUUUUCAGAUGUAAAAUUCGAAUUCGACUUAGGCACCCCGUUUAGACCCUACGAACAAUUGUUGGGAGUACUGCCGGCUGCCAGUAAGCAACAUUUGCCCCAAGCUUACCAUAAUCUUAUGACUGACGAGGAAUCGCCCUUACACAAGUACUAUCCUGAAGAUUUCAAGACGGAUUUGAAUGGGAAGAGACAGGAAUGGGAAGCGGUAGUAUUAAUCCCUUUUAUGGACGAGCGGGUGCUUUUGGAAGCGAUGACUCCCUGUAAUGAACUCUUAACAGAAGAGGAGAAAAGGAGGAACACUCAUGGCCCUAUGUUGGUUUACACUUAUACGGAUAAGGAUCUGGGUCCGUAUGAGGCACCGGACUACUUCCCAACGGUCAAACACAGUCACAGCGAGUUGCAGUGUUUUUCUGUGGAUGAUAUUAGAGUGCCCAAAGAGAAAUUGAUAAAAGGGGCUUAUCCAGGAGCGAACAUGGAUGUGUACUACCCAGGAUUUCCUACCAUGAAACACCUCAAAUAUGAGGGUCAACUUCAAAGAGCGAAGGUGAAGGUCUUCGAGCAACCCAGCAGGAAUGAGAGCAUGAUAGUCAAUAUAAUAAGUGAUGGUGGGGACGAUAUUCCUUGGGAAUUAUUAGGAAACAUUGUCUGGGUGGGAUGGCCACAUCUUCUGGAGGCUAAAGUGAGCGCUAUUUUCAAUAGUAAAAUAAAAUAUAUCUGCAUGGGCGAACGAAACCAGUACAACGUUGAAGAUUUAAACAAUCCGUCACUAUUCGCAGCAGAGUACCGCGAAAUCGUCGAUAGAUAUAACAACCGGCUGGGUAUCACAUUCGGCGAAGUAAAAGUGUUGGUGCAAGUGCAAGUGAUGACCGGUCGCAAGUAUGUGUUUUCUCACAACGGCCGCGUGACAUUGGAGAAGCAGUUCUCCGAAAACACUGCCAAUUAUCCAUUGCAAACGGUAGUGUCCAAUAUAACAGCCUAUGACUCCCAUCCUUCUGCGUUUAGGGAUAUCUUCGAUGUUUUCCCCGAGGGUUGUUCAUGUUUUACUUUGAGCAAUCCCUAUUACGGAUCUCAAGGUGUGGUUUUAAAUAGUAAGGAGACAAUAAAAAGCGGGCGCCUUAAGGUAUUGGUAUCCGUCAAAGAAGAACCGAAUUUCGUAGCGGCGACGGUUCUACAGGGCGAACUGUUCAGAAAUUAUAAGGCCUUGCACAAUGUAGCGAGCCCUUUAGGGAUGAGCAAUAUCCUGUUUUCCCGGGUGACCGGUUCGAUAUUCGUUAACACUAGGAAUAACGAAGGCGAGUUAAAAAGCGUUAACAUCGGACUGGACUUGAAAUUUAACAAGAAAAACAAAGAAACGCCCGGCUAUACGCGCAAAAUAGGGUCGACAUGGUACUAUACCGACAAGGUUGCCGAUUUGGUUAAGGAAUACGCUGAAAAGUUUCCGGCCGUGUUUGACUUUAUUAGUCAAAACGAUUCGUACGAUAACGCGAUGGCGGAUUCGAUUUUUGGCAAAAAUAGUGAGGAUAAAAUAAAGGAAAUUCAAACCUGGCUUAAAACCCUGCCUAUCUACGGGCUAGAAAGGCGACCUUGCGGAAGACAAGUGGCGGAACCGGAAGUGAUACAAAUAAUUGAGGAAACCCUAGACAGGCCGACGAAAAAACUAGUCUCGAAAAAAGUGACUAUGCAGAUUAAACCGCCUCUUCUCUACCAACCCGAGAUUCAAAUCGGCAAUUUGGUACCCGAUCCCAAAAUGAAAGUCAGACUUUUCGAUCGCAUUGUGAACGUCCGAUCCGGUUAUAGCGUUCCUUUAGGUUUAAAAGGAAUAGUGGUGGGUAUAUGGGAAUCUCCUGAUGGAAAUGAUCGGGAUACCAUAUACGAUGUGGUGUUUGAUGAAGUUUUCAAAGACGGUCUGACGCUCAAUUGCUCUCCCGGCAGAGGUUACAGGGUACCCAGGAAUUCUUUUAUUAAUAUCUCGUAUGGGCAGAGGUUAUUGGAACAGAAAACCGGCAAGACAGGCGGAGUAAAUUUUCUAUCCGACACGACAGGAAAAGGUUACAAAGAUGGCAGACCGUCCGCACAACGUCCGCAGAGUUAUCGUCAAAGUUUCGAUCAACUCGCGCCGAAGCAAAUACUAACACAUGGGCAAAAUUCGUAUCAAAACUUUGCUCAAACGCAGCAGUACGCCAGUCCGACUUCGUUUAACCAGUCCAACUCGGCGUUCGCAAUGUUUUCGACCCAAAAACAGCAAUCCUGGCGUAGUCCUGAGAAUCAGAAGGCCGGCGCAAAUCCUCAGCAGCCGAUUAAAAGCGAUAAGAAGUUCGUUAAUGGCGGUCAUUCGUCUUCGUUUCAGAAGCGGGAUGCCGGAACCGAUUUUAUGCCUAGUUUUGCCAAAAAGGUUUUAACGAAUUCGGAUAAGCCUGCGGACGAGAUUGACGUUAGAGAUACCCAACCCAAUAAACAAGAUAAAGUAGUGGAUGAAAACACCAACGUCCUGAAAAAUAUCCUUAAAAUUAAUAACGAUGAAAAUGAAACUGCUCCACCACAAAAAGGACAACAAGGGGUUACUUCGGAAAAAUCAAAAGUCAAGGAACAACAUUCUCCGAAUGUUUCCUUUGAAAUGUUGGCAGCCCAAGUAGCACAGGUGCCAGCCAGUGUAAGAUUGAUGACAUACUAUGAAUCUAACGGGUUGGGUUUGCCUCGCUACCAAUACCUUCUGACGGAUAAUGCGUUUAGAGCUCAAAUCACGCUACCCAAUAGCGAAAUGAUACUAGGUAAACCGGCGUAUACAAAAGAGGAAGCCACCGAAAACGUUGCCAGUCAAGUGUUACAUAUUUUGAUAAGUAAGGCGGCACUAAAAGAGCAUAAUUUACAACCCAAAGAUGCAUUCCCGAUUCCUCCAAAAACUUGGGUGGAGCAGGAGAAUAAGUCCGCCAAAGGCAAAUCUCCGGCGAUGAAAACUCAGUUCGUGCCACUUCAAGCGAUUAAAAAUCAAAGAGGUAAAGGGGCGGCGACGAGUCACGAAAAGAAGAGUAAAUCUUCGGAGGAUCAUAAAAAUAAAGGCAGCAAGAACGAGGCCCCAGCCGAAACUAAGUCUGCGGAAAACGUGGAAAAGAAAAUAAAAGGCCCAAAUAAAGGAAGACCCAAAUCGCAAAGGAAACCUCGAAUCGCCGCGAACUUUGCGAAUAAAAAAUUAGCAUAAGCCCAAACUUAUUAAGUUGGUCGUCUUAAUUAAAAAAUAAAGUAUAUUUAUUAUAAAGUUUUACACUAUAUGAAACUUGCCACAAAAUCCUUUGUGCCAGAAUGACUACAAGGAGAA